AACUACUCAGGCUCAGUGCUGGCUCAUUAUGCUACUGGACUUAAAAUGUGGCACGUACUUCAUGGUCAACCCUGGCUCAUCAAUGCCAGGGAACUCAAAGCUACUCUUGGUAGCUCUAGCCCCCCCCCCCUCAUCCAAGCAAAACGAGUGCAAUCCCUUCACACCAGACAUCAUUAUCAGAAUUCAUGA